UCUCUGGUACACAGCAGGCGGGAGGCAGGGAGGCAGGGAGCGACGUCUACCUCUCAUAUAACUGUUAUUGAACUUCAACAACACGAGACAUCGCAGGGGCGACACAGUGUGUUAUCUAACUAGCAUGCUGGCACACACUGUCGCAAACUAGCUAGUUAGCUAGCACACGGUGUCGCCCUAGACUCUCGUUUGCUGUGCUAGCGGGAGGCGAGGACAACAAAGGGUAGACAGUGUCCUUCACCCCCGCCUGUCUGGCACGCAGGAACCAAUGGGAUGCUCGAGGGGGGGUGUGCAGAUGCAGAAAUGCUCACAUGCAGCAGGAACGCCCUGAAUUGCUGACUGCAGUUGCACAAUAUUGGAAUAUACCGAACUAUUCUAUGGAAUCUGAUGAACAGCAAGUCUUUCUAUUCGUUUUUUUUCUAUUAAUCCGUUCGCCUAUGGAAAUCAAAUAUUACGGGGAAAUUAAGGAAAAUGAAAAGAAAAACGAAACUACAAAAUAACCAUAUGACUAUAACACUCACAGCAUUCGCAUAGUUUUUCAUUAACACAACACCACACCUAAACACAGAGACUGAUAUGGACUUCCUCUUUUGACAACUUCAUUUCUGGUGACUUCAGUGAGCGCUAGAAUUGACUGCAUACAGACGCAAGAAUGGAGUGAGCACAAUCGGACCUGAUCCUACGUUAUUACAAAGACUCAGAACCCAUUUAGGAGCAGAGAAUCAAACAAGAUGGAUUACAAAUAUGACAAUGCUGGAAUAGAACUCCUGCUGGCUCACAUGAACAUAGAGGACAUAAUCGAUGUGGUGGAAAGUCUCUACCACACCAAGGAAGAGGAAGAAGAGGAAGACGAUGGUGUGUCGUUUGAGGAGGGUCUCUCUCAGGAGGAGAUGGACGAGAACGAGGAGACUGUGGAUGGUUCGGGGGACGAAGUGACAGGAGGGACCCAGGAGACACAACAGGAGAACGGUGGUGGUAGGGUCAGGUACGGGACGGUGUCGGACUUGCUCUCUUUCGUCAACCUGAUCUCUAACAUGGAGCCAGAAGCACUGCAGCACCUGCCGGAGGAGAUGGGUGUGUUACUGAACAAGAAACACAUGGUGCUGAAGAAGGGUCACUAUCGCAUCGAUUCGGAUGUGUUUCUAUUUCCAUGGAAGUGGACCUACAAGACUCCAGGCUCUGGCGGCCAUGUUCCAAAGGGCUCCUUUGGGAAAGUCCACUUGGCCCAGGAUACCAUAACCAGGAAGAGAAUGGCAUGCAAACUGAUCCCCAUGGAACACUUAAAACCAGCCGAUGUGGAGAUCCAGGCCCGGUUCCAUCACGAGAACAUUGCAGAGCUCUAUGGUGCUCUCCUCUGGGACCAGAACAUCCACCUGUUCAUGGAAGCUGGCGAGGGAGGGUCGGUUCUGGAAAAACUGGACAGCUGUGGCCCCAUGAGGGAGUUUGAGAUCAUCUGGGUCACCAAGCAGGUCCUCAGGGGCCUGGAGUACCUACACUCUCACAAUGUCAUCCACCAUGACAUCAAACCCAGCAACAUCGUCCUGAUGUCAGACAAGGCGGUGCUGGUGGACUUUGGCCUGACGGUACAGAUGACAGAGAAGGUAUACACCCCUAGGGAUCUACGAGGCACAGAGAUGUAUAUGAGCCCGGAGGUGGUUCUGUGUCGAGGACACAACACCAAGACAGAUAUCUACAGCCUGGGCACCACCAUCAUCCACAUGCAGACUGGCAGCCCGCCCUGGGUCAGGAGAUACCCACGCACCGCCUACCCUUCCUACCUCUACAUAAUCCACAAGCAGGCCCCUCCCCUGGAGGACAUAGCAGAGGACUGCAGCGGUGUCAUGCGGUCCUUCCUGGAGAGAUCCCUGGAGAGGAACCCUGCCAAGCGCAGCUCUGCAGCCGAGCUCCUGAGGGACGAGGCCAUCAACCCUCCCAGAGAGGAACAGCCACGCUGCUGGAGCCUGGACUCAGCCCUGGUGGAGGCCUCCCACCCUCUACUGAGGCAGCACAGCCAGCAGCCUGACACCACACAGGAAUCCUCUCUGUACUCUGAGCCUGAGGACUCUGCCCACCUGAGGAGAAAGGGAUCCCUGUACAUUGACCUGGGGGCAAUGGCUGGAUACUAUAAUCUAGUGAGAGGUCCCCCUGCUACAGAGUAUGGCUAACCCUGAGCCUAACUCAAAUACACUUUAAGUAGGACUUCUGAAGGAAAUUGGUAUUUUAAAGAUAUCAGAGAUAACUGUUACCUUAGCCUGGUACUGGUGAACUGUUAGGUCAGAGACUCUCAGGAAGUUGAGUUAAGGACUCAUGAAGACUCAAUGGUGAAAGUGUGUGAUGCUUUUUGAAAGAGGACAGAAAAUUGUGUAGAGCAGGUUAAUAGCCUGCACUUCACUGGCACUGGCCUCGUGUAAUGAAAUUGACCAAUGUCUGAAGAGUGGUUUCUGUAGCUGCCUUAAUUUGUCAUCUCUCAACAAUGCAGCAGCUCAUUGGUUGUAAGAUAUGUGUUACUCAGUAACACUGUGUUUCACUGGCUAAUAGUGGAAUCAGGUGACAUCUUGUGGGAUGUUCUGUAGAUACAUGAUAUAUAAGCAUCUUAUACAAGUUUGUUUCUCAAAGAAAUGCAUCUGAAUGGGUCUUGUGAUUGAGACGUCAUUCUAUUAUUUUGUGUCAAUAUGAAAACUAUGAUUUCUGACCGUGUAUGUGUGGUUUGUACAAAUUGUACAAUUAUAUUGUUUUAAACGUGAAGUUCUUAAAAUGAACUUAUUUGUGUUUGUUCCUAAGGAAUAUGAGAAGUGAUGUUGAGAAUUGCUAUGCAAAUUACACCAUGUACAUGACUGAUUCAUUUGUUAUUUUAUUUGUGUGAUCAUUGUUCUUGUAACUGUUGGGUAUGCAGUUUUCUUUUAUAGUGAACAAAAACAUAAAUGCAACAUGCAACAAUUUAAAAGUUUUUACUGAGUUACAGUUCAUAUAAGGAAA